AUGUUAUCUAUUUCUUCAUUAUUCAAGAGAAACUCUGUUUACGUUGCUACUAUCUUUGGUGGUGCUUUUGCUUUCCAAGGUUUCUUUGAUGUUGCUGUUACCAAAUGGUACGAAAGCCACAACAGAGGUGAUUUCCUCGAAGGUGGCGAUGAAGAUGAAGAUGAUGAAUAA